CGGCUCGGGGGCGGCGGAGCUGAGCGGGGCCGGGCUGGGCGUGAUGGCGGCGGGACGCGGCGGGGACUGGCUGGGGGUGACGGUCGCGCUCCUCUUCCUCGGUGUGCUGACGCCGGCAAGCGCCGCCUCAGCUGCCGCUCUCCCUGUAGUCAUCAACACCUGGGCGUUUAGGACGGCCGCAGAGACAGCUUGGAGAGUAUUGGAGUCUGGAGGUUCAGAGCUGGAUGCAGUCGAGAGAGGCUGUGGUCAGUGUGAGAUUGAUCAGUGCGAUGGGAGCGUGGGAUACGGAGGAAGCCCAGAUGAAAGUGGAGAAACAACUCUGGAUGCCAUGAUUAUGGAUGGCAACACUAUGGAAGUUGGGGCUGUUGCGGAUCUCAGGCGUGUGAAAAACGCAAUUGGUGUAGCACGAAAGGUCAUUGAAUACACUAAGCAUACUUUACUAGUGGGAGAGUCAGCCUCCCUGUUUGCUGUAAGAAUGGGGUUUCCAUAUGAAGAUUUAACUACCCAGAAAUCCCUUUCGCUGUAUUCAGAGUGGCUGAAUCAAAGCUGUCAGCCAAACUACUGGAAGAAUGUGGUGCCAGACUCUUCAAAAUCCUGUGGACCAUAUAAACGGCGUGAAGAAGUAACUUAUAAAGAAGAACAGACCAGCUCACAAAGAAGUGUUCAUAACCAUGAUACUAUUGGUAUGGUUGUAAUUGGUGUGAGUGGAACCGUUGCUUCUGGGACAUCUACUAAUGGUGCAAUCCACAAACUUCCAGGCCGUGUGGGAGAUUCUCCAAUAGCUGGAGCGGGAUCCUACGCAGAUAGUUCAGCUGGAGGAGCUGCAGCCACUGGGGAUGGUGACAUCAUGAUGCGCUUCUUACCCAGUUAUCAAGCUGUGGAAUAUAUGAGGAUGGGAACCGACCCAACAGUAGCCUGUCAGAAAGUUAUUUCCAGAAUCCAGAAGUAUGCUCCAAAGUUCUUUGGUGCUAUCAUUUGUGCCAAUACAACUGGAAGUUAUGGUGCUGCAUGUAAUAAAAUUCCAGGAUUCACUCAGUUUCACUUUAUGGUUUCAAACCCUUUGCUAAGUCAACCAACUGAGCAAGUAGUAGACUGCAUUUAAUUUCUUUUAUCCUGUUAGCAUCUCAACUUAAAAGAGGACAGUGCUAAGUUCCACCAGCUAUUACUUCUUAAAAUGGUUGUUUCUAGCAUUUAAUGGCUGUUGUGGUCUGCUUGUUUUCCUAAGAAGUGAGUACCCAGAAGUGAUGAAUAGUAACCACUGAACAGGCCCUUUGCCUUGCUAUUUAAAUAUAUAUUUGUCAGACAUUUGAAAUAACAGACUGGAAGUGGAGCUAUGACUCUACACAUAAAACUUAGGUUGAGAAUAUUUAAUUGUCUUCCUAAGAUUUAGUCCAGGUUUCCUUUUAUCUUGAAAAGAAAAUUGCAUUAAAUUGCUGACAUGCAAGGACAGAGGCUUAAGGAGUAGUGGAGACUGUUUCAAAGCUUCAUUGAAG